GGGACGUUCUAAUAAAGCUAAAUGAUGGGUGGGCGCGCGCCGCGUCCUCCUGCACCACCUGUCCUCCGGUGGACACGCGCCCGGCGGAGACAGACCUGGGAGCAGCUGCUCGGGGAGCUUCGCCCUGCGCUCAUUCCGCGCGUCUUCCUACUUCGUUAGACCGGAGCCACGGAGAGGUCCACGUCCUCCUCGAGCGGCCAGAGACACCCUUCUUCUCUCCAGAGGCGGCGUCCAAAUGGGGGACACCGCGCAGCAGAAGAACUUCUCUGAGGUGAUUGCUCGGAUCCUGCAAGAGGUCCCCGGUGCCAGGAAUGAUCUCCUCGACAACCACAGCAACCUCCUCCGCGUCGCGGAUUACUGCGAGAACAACUUUCUCCAGGCGGAGGACUCCACGAAGGCUGUGGAGGAGGCCAAGGGCUUGGCCGCCCAGGCUCUGGCCAGCGUGUCGUACCAGAUCAACGGCCUGGCCACCGCCGUGCUGAGGCUGCUGGACUCCCAGGCCAUGCAGAUCCGAGAUAUGGAGUCCUCGGUCAACCUGCUGUCACUGGCUUCUGCGAUCCACAGCGAGACGAUCGCCAGGAGAGAGAUCGGGGCCUCCACCACUCCCAAAAACAGGAGCCGCUCCAAGCUGAUGACCCCCCCCAGCGGGGGCCGGGAGGCGGAGAGUCGCUACACCCGGGAGCCAAUAUCCUACUCCAUCUUGGACUCCAUCGGCCACUGUUUUGGGGUCCUUGAGCAGCAGGGCAGAAGUGGAGCCGGCGCAGCCGAGAGCGCUCAAGCUGCCGCAGAGUUCCCCGUAUCCAGCCUCGGCAUCGCUGUGCCUCCGCCAUCGGUCCCCACCCUGCCAACCGCCGCCGAUGGCAGCCUGCCGCCCCCACCUCCUCCCGCGGCCGAUUGGGACCCCAACAUGCCCGCUCCCCCUCCACCUCCACCUCCACCACCACCACCUUCCUCCUCCGACAUGGGCGACAGCCUCCCCCCGCCUCCGCCCUUCGGUACUUCACCCACAUGUCUCCCCCCGCCACCCCCUCCACCGCCAAUGUGUCCGUCAAAUGGCUCCUACCCGCCUCCACCUCCCCCCCCAGCUGCUGCCGCUUAUCCCUCUCCUCCUCCUCCUCCUCCUCCUCCUCCUCCUCCACCACCGCCCCUUUACCCUGGCACCUCUGGUACGGUGCCACCACCCCCGCCGCCACCUCCUCCAGUAUCAGGAUCUGCAGUCCCGCCACCUCCUCCUCCUCCUCCUCCACCACCCCCUCACAUGGGCACCUCUGGUACGGUGCCACCACCCCCACCCCCUCCCCCUCCCCCUCUCCGACGCUAAUGGACAUUAUGGUAAUUGUUCCAAGUCACAGGCCUGCUGGCGUCCGCUCACAUGGAAACACGUUCAUACAAAACGCAUGAAUAAAAAGCUUGUGCUGAGACGUGUGUGUCGAGAACAUGAAAUGAUUCCGUUGUGGUCGGAGGAGAAUCGAGGUCUGCGGGCCGCAGCGCAGAUUCCUCCGACGUGUUUCAACGAUGCCCGCCGCUGCAUUCCAAACCAAACGAGCUGAAACACAGACUCUGGGCUUCCCUCUUACCCCCCCCCCCCCCCACCCCCAUUACCUUUCUGUGUGGCGUUGUUGUUGUGACAGCAGAGUCAAUGAUUUACGCCACGUUGUGCGGCUUUAAACGGGUCGAUGAGGCUUCAAAGUGUCGACCUUCUGCGUAUCUGCAGGUGAGCCUUGUUUUCAGCGUUUAUGCUGAGGCGGCGCAUCCAAACGUGUGAAAUCUGUUUUUCUUUGUUUCGCUCCACGUUAUAUUCCCUCACUGCUGCGUAGAGUAAGCAGUGAAUACCGCAGGGGGCCCACUCUUAGUCAUUCGCCUCCACUUGGUUACUUUACACACGACGCAGCCUCGGGUCUAUUUCCGUUCACGUGGCCAUAAAAGUAACACAUUGUUGUACUUUUUAAAGGUUGCGCCACCUUGGAGUCUGUGUGACGGACCCGACUCUCCUGGGGGGGGGGAGAUUCCAGGGUUGUGCAGCUUUGUUAUUCAUUAAUGGCUUCUUCCUACGAGACUUUCCUUUGUGUUCUAGUGAUGCACAGAGAGAUAAAAAAAAAGCUCCCUUUGACCUGCACGACGGCUACAAUCACAAUAGUUACAAUCCUCCAGUUUAAAAUCAGGUCAGCACGUUUCUCUUCUUCAGGUGAGGAGCCUGAUGCCACAGGUCGAUGUUCCUCCCAAAGAUGAGCCUCAUCUCGGCCUGGUUCUCCGGGGAUCGUCCUUUGUUGUUUUGUUGCCACGCUGCAAAGACGAGGCCCCGGGGGGGGGCCCCCAACUCUCCAUCCGUCUACGUCAUGGGCGAGGACGUAACCUCCGUACAGAACCCCCCCCCCCCCCCCAGUAGGGCGUUAUUGCUUACAUGUUACAUUUGUUUUGUCUGUAAUUUAUGACCUAAAUGUAAAGUUGUCUGACAUUAGCGAUAAGUUUGAUGCAACGAUAACAAAAGCAGGACGAUAAAUUGCAACGAAUCUUUCAUCAGUUCCUAAUUUUGUUGAAAUAUAUAAAGAGACAUGAGCACACCUCCAAGUCCUGUGUCUUUAAAGAAGACAAUAAUGCUGUAAAAGCUCCUCGGGUUGUUCCCUCCCCGAACAUAAUCUGGCAUAAUCUUUUGAUUACGAUCUCGAGGGCAGGACCGUUUCUGUAUGUUUUGAAUUCUCAGAUAAGGUAAGGACUCGCCCGACUGUCAUGUGAUAUUAACUCUGCAUCGCCGCGGUAACGUACGUUAGAAUUGCGUGAAUUGUACUUUUUUUUGUACGCGGCGUGCGUAGAAAGGGAAGGUUUCACGGGACGAAGGUCCACAGUCAGUAGAAAGUCACAGAGCGAGACGUCUGGUUUCUCUUCUCCACCUGCAGCGCGUCUCAGAAAAAGCCGAAGGGUCACUUCAUGUGUGGUAGGAGAUGACCAGCUGGGGCACCGUGUCCUCAGACGGCAGCUCACAGCCAAUCGGCGAUUAGUCAGAGGACCAAUUAGUCACCUUCACUCAACGGGCCAUUUUAUACAGUCAGUUUAAUUGCAUUUCAAAACAGAUUAUUGAUGUCAUGCGUAUUUUUCAAUGAAAGUUAUUCUAUUUAAAGAUUAGCAUUCAAUGGAAGUUUCACAUGAUUGUCUUGUUUUUGACCCCCCCCCCCCUCACAGUAAUGUCACCUGUUUGAGAUAAAUUGCAGCCAUGAGUGUGGCGGUGAAUAUUUUCCAAUAUGCGUGAGUAGUUUAUUGAAGCCCAGAACGUUCUCGUCCACGCGUGACGCCGAGUCUUGAAGUGAUGGAGGUGUGCUCCUAGAUUCCCGGUCCUGGUGGUGUCCAUAGGGGUGGUGCUCCUCUGCUUCUAUGUGCGCACCAGAAGAAAACUAGCCGCCGCCGCCGCCGCCAUGGCAACGGCGCGAGGGGACGACUCGCCUCCAGGGCCGUGGACGGUGUCCAGCGCCGACGGUCGGACGGACGAGGAGAGACAUUACGACGGGUCCCCCCCUCGGUACAGCACUGUGGACCCCCCCCCACCCUACUCACUGGUGGGUUCGCCCUGACUGUCCCCAUCCGCCACCCACGCCAUCGCGCACCACCUCCCACCCUGUUGUUUCACACACCGGCCUCGUGCAUCAGUAACGACACGUGAUGAAUUGUGCUGUUACUUUGUUUCAUGCAGUUUGACCCCAGGCUGACAGGCCUGUGGCCGGGGGGGUCGCCCCCGGCCACAUGCCUACGAGAUGUACCCGAUAACGCUGCCCCUGGCUCCUCGUCGCUGGGCGACGUCCUCAGGGACCUCAUCAAGCCCCCACAGCCCCCCCACCAGUUAACGCCGUGUUUCUGCUGCACUCCUAACGUCGACGGAGAAAGUGCAGCAGCAUUCUCAACUCAAACCCGUUUUACAGGAGCAUAAAAACAUCACAGAGGCCCCGAAUGGUUUCUUCAUGUGAUGCUUUAGAGUC